CUCCUGUUGCCCUUGGGCAUCACAUUUCUGGGUGCUUCUAGAGGGUGUUCAUGUUAAGCCGACUAGAUUCUCCAGGAACUCUACCCCAAAGAGAAAGAAACAAGGAGAACAGCUGCUUUCUUUUCAGGGAAGUGGCUGAACUACAAACAAAUCUUCAGGCAUCUGAGGAAUUGUAAAGUUUCUAGAUUUCAUAUGGUUGCUGACAGAGAGGAGUUGACAAGGACCCUCUGGAUUUUCUCACUAUGGAUAAUCUGUUGCCUCCAUCAAGAUUCUCCUAUUUCAAAAAAUACCCUCUCCACGCAAUUAGGAAAUACUUAUCAAUGCUGAGGAGCCAGAGAGCCGAAGAUCAGGUUGCACGUUUUCAAAAAAUACCUAAUGGUGAAAAUGAGACAAUGAUUCCUGUAUUGACAUCAAAAAAAGCAAGUGAAUUACCAGUCAGUGAAGUUGCAAGCAUUCUCCAAGCUGAUCUUCAGAAUGGUCUAAACAAAUGCGAGGUUAGUCAUAGGCGAGCCUUCCAUGGCUGGAAUGAGUUUGAUAUCAGUGAAGAUGAGCCACUAUGGAAGAAGUAUAUUUCUCAGUUUAAAAAUCCCCUUAUUAUGCUGCUUCUGGCUUCUGCAGUCAUCAGUGUCUUAAUGCAUCAGUUUGAUGAUGCCGUCAGUAUCACUGUGGCAAUACUUAUUGUUGUUACAGUUGCCUUUGUUCAGGAAUAUCGUUCAGAAAAAUCUCUUGAAGAAUUGAGUAAACUUGUGCCACCAGAAUGCCACUGUGUGCGUGAAGGAAAAUUAGAGCAUACACUUGCCCGAGACUUGGUUCCAGGUGAUACGGUUUGCCUUUCUGUUGGGGACAGAGUUCCUGCUGAUUUACGCUUGUUUGAGGCUGUGGAUCUUUCCAUUGAUGAGUCUAGCUUGACAGGAGAGACAACACCUUGUUCUAAGGUGACAGCUCCUCAGCCAGCUGCAACUAAUGGAGAUCUUGCAUCAAGAAGUAACAUUGCCUUCAUGGGAACGCUGGUCAGAUGUGGCAAAGCAAAGGGUAUUGUUAUCGGAACAGGAGAAAAUUCUGAAUUUGGAGAAGUUUUUAAAAUGAUGCAAGCAGAAGAAGCACCAAAAACCCCUCUGCAGAAGAGCAUGGAUCUCUUAGGAAAACAACUUUCCUUUUAUUCCUUUGGUAUAAUAGGUAUCAUCAUGUUGGUUGGCUGGUUGCUAGGGAAAGAUAUCUUGGAAAUGUUUACAAUUAGUGUAAGUUUGGCUGUAGCAGCAAUUCCUGAAGGUCUUCCUAUUGUGGUCACAGUGACAUUAGCCCUAGGUGUUAUGAGAAUGGUGAAAAAACGGGCCAUUGUGAAAAAACUGCCUAUUGUUGAAACUCUGGGCUGCUGUAAUGUGAUUUGUUCAGAUAAAACUGGAACACUGACGAAGAAUGAAAUGACUGUUACUCACAUAUUUACUUCAGAGGGUCUGCAUGCUGAGGUUACUGGAGUUGGCUAUAAUCAGUUUGGGGAAGUAAUUGUUGAUGGUGAUGUUGUUCAUGGAUUCUAUAAUCCAGCUGUUAGCAGAAUUGUUGAGGCGGGCUGUGUGUGCAAUGAUGCUGUAAUUAGGAACAACACUCUAAUGGGAAAACCAACAGAAGGAGCCUUGAUUGCUCUUGCAAUGAAGAUGGGUCUUGAUGGACUUCAACAAGACUAUAUCAGAAAAGCUGAAUAUCCUUUUAGCUCUGAGCAGAAGUGGAUGGCUGUUAAGUGUGUACACCGAACACAGCAGGACAGACCAGAGAUUUGUUUUAUGAAGGGUGCUUAUGAGCAGGUGAUUAAAUACUGUACUACGUACCUCAGCAAAGGGCAGACCUUGACUCUCACCCAGCAGCAGAGAGAUAUGUACCAACAAGAGAAGGCACGGAUGGGUUCAGCUGGUCUCAGAGUUCUUGCUUUGGCCUCUGGUCCUGAACUGGGACAGCUGACAUUUCUUGGCUUGGUGGGAAUCAUCGACCCUCCUAGAACUGGUGUGAAAGAAGCUGUUACAACACUCAUUGCCUCAGGAGUAUCGAUAAAAAUGAUUACUGGAGAUUCACAGGAGACUGCAGUUGCAAUUGCGAGUCGUCUGGGAUUGUAUUCUAAAACUUCUCAGUCAGUCUCAGGAGAAGAAAUUGAUGCCAUGGAUGUCCAGCAGCUUUCACAAAUUGUACCAAAGGUUGCAGUAUUUUACAGAGCUAGCCCAAGACACAAGAUGAAAAUUAUCAAGUCUCUACAGAAGAAUGGGUCGGUUGUGGCCAUGACAGGGGAUGGAGUAAAUGAUGCAGUUGCUCUGAAGGCUGCAGAUAUUGGAGUUGCAAUGGGCCAGACUGGGACAGAUGUUUGCAAAGAGGCAGCCGAUAUGAUCCUGGUGGAUGAUGAUUUCCAAACCAUAAUGUCUGCAAUUGAAGAGGGUAAAGGAAUUUAUAACAACAUAAAAAAUUUUGUUAGAUUUCAACUGAGCACGAGUAUAGCAGCAUUAACUUUAAUCUCAUUGGCUACAUUAAUGAACUUUCCUAAUCCUCUCAAUGCAAUGCAGAUUUUGUGGAUCAAUAUUAUUAUGGAUGGACCCCCAGCUCAGAGUCUUGGAGUAGAACCAGUGGAUAAAGAUGUCAUUCGUAAACCUCCUCGCAACUGGAAGGACAGCAUUUUGACUAAAAAUUUGAUACUUAAAAUACUUGUUUCAUCAGUAAUUAUUGUUUGUGGGACUUUAUUUGUCUUCUGGCGUGAGCUGCGAGACAAUGUUAUCACACCUCGAGACACAACAAUGACGUUCACAUGCUUUGUGUUUUUUGACAUGUUUAAUGCACUAAGUUCCAGAUCUCAGACCAAAUCUGUGUUUGAGAUUGGACUCUGCAGUAAUAAAAUGUUUUGUUAUGCAGUUCUUGGAUCCAUUAUGGGACAAUUACUAGUUAUUUACUUCCCUCCACUUCAGAAGGUUUUUCAGACGGAGAGCCUGAGUAUACUGGAUCUGUUGUUUCUUUUGGGUCUCACCUCUUCAGUGUGCAUAGUGUCAGAAAUUAUAAAGAAGGUUGAAAGGAGCAGGGAAAAGAUCCAGAAGCAUGUUAGUUCGACAUCGUCGUCUUUUCUUGAAGUCUGGCUCUGGGAGAGGAGUGGACAGCAGCUGGUUGAGAUACAUCCCCAUCUGGAGACAGGACUGCCACUGACAGAAGAUGUGAGCUGUGUCUAAAUCCAGUCUCCGGCCCGGCCACGUCAGCUCCUUCACUCUUUGGAACUCUUCAUACAACAUCUUAGCACCAUCUUCCUGCAGCUCUUCUUUACCUAGACAAAGAAAGAAUUCAAGGCAGUAUUUUCCAAAAAUAGUGCAUCAGCCUGACAUUGUCUUCACAUAUAAAAUUUCAGAUUCCACAAAGAAGAAAAUUAAUUUAAAAACCUAAUUGUCUUUCUCUUCUGGCUUCAUAUAUACCUUGCUGUAUAAAAUUGAAAUAUUUAUACUGAAGUAACUUUUUAAUGAUAACCUAGCUUUCUUCAACCCUAAAUUAUCUUUUCCUUGAAGUAAGAUCUCUUGCUGAUCUGUUACCUGAUCUUAAACAUGUCUGCAUGUGAACUCUCCAAAUUCUGUCUAUGGAAACAAGUGACUAUUAAACAACAUUCUCUUUACUUUUCUCUUUCACUAAUCUUCCUUUCACAGAAACCUCAUGCUGUAGUGCACUUGUUUUAAAGAAAUAGCUGUGUCCAAAACACUUUUACCUGCUUUAUGAGACAAAAACAAAAGUAUGACUCGGACUUUGACAAAAAGCUUCUUUAAGGGGCAAGAAUGCUGCAUGUGUUUAGCUCAAUGUUUCUAUGUAGGUUUGAGUGGAGAUGUGCAAAAUUACAACUGGACCAACUUUGAAGUAAUAAAAAGGCCCACCUUUUACCAAUUAUCAAGCAGCAAGGCACUGAGCCUGCCAGGGUGCAGGGUUCACAUUUCCUAAAAGAAAAGAAAUAGACCCUUGACAUGUCCCUUCUGUAGGACUCAGGUAAAAAUGUAAUAGUUUUUACUCCUGAGAAUUUUCUUUACUGUAUUAUUCAGAGAGGAACAACCCUCAACUUUUGUUCUUAUUAAGCAGUUUGUUAUGUUUGUUGGUUGUCAUAUAUCCAAAGUCUCUCUGAUGGCUAUUGUCACACUUGAGUCUCUUAAUACUUGGGGUGUUUUUGGAGUUCAUGCUGUUUCACUCUUCUCAUUUAACUUAUUCUUUUAAAAAGCCAACUGCAGAGUAGUGCUAUCCAGUAAAACUUCCUGCAGUUAUGGAAAUGUUCUAAAUCAGUGCUAACACAGUAUCCUGUAUCCACAUGUGGUUACUGAGCACUUGAAAUGGGGCUAAUGUGAUUGAGAAAGUUGAAUUUUUAACUUGAAUUUAACCUUAGAUGGCUGAUAGCUACCAUAUUAGUACUGUUUUUAUGUAUGAAAAUUUCAUACUUGUUUAGAUAGUAUUACAGCAUUCAUAAUCUUAAAGGGAAUGUUGCAUUAACGUACUGUGGUGUUUCAAUGCUUGAAGACUUAUUUCACCAGAUAAAUGCAGAUGAAAUUGCUUCAGUAUAUUUCUGUAGUAGAAAUAGAGGGUUUUUUUCCUAAUUAAACUCACAGUAGAGGGGAAAAAGAUUUUUUUUUUUUUAAAGCACAAACAUGAAUAUUUACUGUGGUUGUAGGUAUUCAGAAGUUUGACUUUCAGUAAUUUUAAAUAAGCUUCCUGUGAUGGUGUUGCUGUAUUAAAAAUGGGGUGGGAAGCAUGGACUCAAAAUGCAACUGGCAAAACACAGUCACCCUUCCCUAAAGCAUUAGGUGCCUUUAAAGUAGUAAAAAGGCCCACCUUUUACCAAUUAUCAAACAGCAAGGCACUGAGCCUGCCAGGUUGCAGGGUGGGAUCAGGCAGUGUCAAUACAUACCAGCUGUAUAUUUGGGAGUCAAGCCCCUGGCACAUCACAUGGAAGCACAGCACAUGGAAGUAUUUAGAAAUAUUUACCAAUGAAUAAAUGACAUUUUGGUGCCUUUAA